GUGCUGUGUUGUUCGGUCCUCUGUGUCAUAUCCGUUGUGAACCCAAGCGAGGACGUUCUGAACACAAACAUACAUUUUACCGCUGCUUCCACGGUUGACCUGCGCAUACUUGCUUGAAGGAACUACGACCGACUCUUCUGUAGUUGACCAGAUUUCAAUACCACCAUGGCAGGAGUACAGCUGGUUCCUGAGUCCACAACAUCCCCACAAACUACCCAAUUGUCCUCACCUGCACCCUCGGACACAUCUGUGGACAAUGAUGCAACCAGCAAUGAGAAGUUCACCAACACAUCUCACUGUACCAACAUACUAGAAGGUCUACAGCGCCUUCGUACAGACAACUGUCUUGUAGACGUGAUCCUUUGUGCAGGGGACCGUGAGUUCCCGUGCCACCGUGCCAUUCUAUCGUGUUGCAGUGGGUACUUCCAAGCUAUGUUUACCAACGGACUCAAGGAAACUAAACAAACGAAGGUGAUGAUUAAAAACAUGAAUCCUACAAUCCUAGAAUCCAUCCUGAGUUACAUCUACACAUCAGAAUUGGUCAUCAACAAGAACAAUGUACAGCAGCUGCUGGAGGCUGCCAACCUGAUGCAGCUGACACCCAUAGUGGAGGCAUGUGCCAAGUACCUUGGGAAGAUGUUAGAAACGGGAAACUGUCUCGGGAUCCAUCGCUUUGCCUCGGCGCUGUGUUGCACGGAGCUUGCAGAAAAAGCGCAGGACUUUGUAUUGGAGCACUUCCCAGAAGUCUGCCAAUCAGAGGAGUUUAUCCAGCUGGGACCAGGGGAGCUGGCGGGGUUCAUGUCUGACAAUAGGCUGAAUGUGAGUAAAGAGGAGAUGGUGUAUGAGGCAUUGUUACGGUGGGUGCAGUGUGAUAAGAAGUCGCGUGGGGCACAGCUGAAAGACCUGCUUCCACACGUCAGGUUUCCACUGAUGGACCCGGUGUCUGUCGUUCGAAACGUGCGCAGAAACGAGCUGGUGAAUAAAACAGAAGGGUUCGAUAGCCUGAUGGAGGAGGCGUCCAUCUACCACCUGUCUCCUGAGGAGGUCUCCUCCACGCGGACGGUUCCACGGGAAAGAUCGGGCGUCACACAGAUCCUGGUUGUUGGAGGAGGGGUCACGCAUGUGGAAAAUGAAGAGGACGUCUCAACCAACCACAUAAAUGGUUUUGACCCCACGGAGCAGAUGUGGGACAAUGAUCUGUUGGACCUCGCCAUCGAUUUCCGUAACUCAGUGGAGUAUGCAGCAGUCACGUUACACAACAACAUCAUCGUGUCGGGAGGUAGCUGGAAAGGUUCGGCAGUCUGGGAGCUCGACACAAAGCUUAGCACAUGGCGUAAGCUGGCAUCUUUGGCUCAGCGAAGAAGCAGACACAAAAUGGCAGUUCUGAAUGGAAAAGUGUUCGCUGUGGGUGGGUACGACAGCUCAAAGGAUGAUGGUUGCAAGUAUUUAGAUAGUGUUGAGGUCUAUGAGCCUAAUAGAAACGAGUGGACAGAAGGGAAAUCUUUGCUCAAUCCAGUAUCUUCGUUUGCCAUUGCAAGCUGUGAUGGGAAACUCUAUGUCAUAGGUGGGAAGGGGCAAACUGGCGUGUGUAGUCCCCAAGUCCAGUGCUAUGUCUCCAACAAGGACCUCUGGGAAACUAGGGCACCGAUGCCCAGAAAGGGAGAGUGCAUCAACGCUGCUCUCCUGAACUCUCUCAUCUAUGUCGUAGGCGGCAAGCUGCCGGCCAUCUUAUGCUACGACCCAAAGGCCGACACAUGGAUGUCGCUAGCUGAAAGGCUCACCCUGUGGGAGUUCUGCGGUAUUGCAGCGUGUAACGGGAAGUUGUACAUUACCGGAGGGUCGGACCGGGAGCAGCGGUCAACAGAGGAGGCUGACCAGAGCCUGGACACUGUGCAGUGUUAUGACCCGGCCACAAACACGCUGACCUUCUCCCUACCACUCCCUGAAGCUGUCAACUGCCACUUCUCAGUAACAAUACUGAAAUACAAGAAAACGUAAAGCUGCUUCCUACAUACACAAAAAUAGUUGCUAUAUGCUGCA